ACGUUAACUCCACCCUCAGCCUUCAAAGUAGAACUUUGUGGUGACAGCUCCAACAGGAAGCAUUAGUGCUCAGACUAAAAGAGGAAGAACACUGAAAUCUCAUUUUACCAGUGUUUUUUUUGGGGUAUUGGUGGUGUUUGUCUAGAAAAAUGAGAUGAUAGCACUAAAGUUCAAGAAGCUGAAACGCUGGAUUUUCAUAGCAGCACAGUUUUUUCUGCUUCUGCUCUGGAUCUGCAGGAUGAACUGGACCUUCCACCUCUGGACUCCCAAAUAUCAGACAUUUUCUGCACCAAAGAAAUGCUUUAAUAAACAUCUUGUUCCCCUGGCACAACCAGCAACUCUAGUAGCAGUCAACGGGACAAAAACACUGCUGGUAUCGGCUUAUCUGGAGCACCGCAGUAAAGUAAAAAAGGUUCGUAUUAUUGCGAUUAAACCACGGAAAGAGAAAGCAUCCUAUCUUUGCCACUUGCGAUGUGAGAAGAAGCUGAAAAUCACCCGUGCCGACUACAAAACCCACUCUGAUCACUUCCGCUUUCAUUAUGGGACAGCUGACAUCAUGUGUCCCCUCCCCUCAGGCUGUCCAACACCGUCCCACGUUGCUGUGACUUCUGUUCAUGUCAACCCUGAAGGGACACUUGAUCAGGACUUUCUGGAGGUACAGAACUUAAAGACAGAGUUUCAAUCAUUUCCAUAUAACUUCACUGUCUGCUUCUCCACAAUGUUUGAUUACACCAAUGUGCUGCAGCUGGUGCAGAGUCUGGAAAUGCUGCAGUUACUGGGUGUCAACAAGGUUGUUAUCUAUAAAACCAACUGCAGCCUCGAAACACAGAACGUUCUGGACUACUACACACAUAAAGGUUUAGUGGAGGUGAUUCCCUGGUCUCUGUCCAAAUUUCUUAACGUGUCUAGAGGAUGGUUGCCAAACCACGGUCCUGGUGAACUCCACUACUUUGGUCAGAUUCCUGCUCUGAAUGACUGCCUUUACCGAUACAUGUACAAGACCAAGUAUUUGGCCUUGCACGAUGUGGAUGAGCUAAUACUACCACAGUCUGUCGACAGCUGGCUGGAGUUGUUGCCGCUGCUGGAGAAGAAGUUUGGCGCCAACAAGCGUUACCGCUUUCGGAGUCACGUGUUUCCAAACGACGUCCUGCUGCCUCCUCCAAUUUUCCCAAAUACUCUGCUGCAGCACAGCUGGGGGAACGUGCCGGGCGUCAAUAUCCUUUCCCACUUGUACAGGGAGCCCCUUCCUUCUACCGCGUGGAUUGACUUUAAGAUCAUCGUGAACCCCCGAGAAGUGUUCUCGCUGACCGUUCACGGAGCUCUGAAGUCCCUGAAGCCCUUUGAGUGGGUGACAUCAGACAUGGCACGGAUGUAUCACACAAGAGCCAAAACCCAAACCAAACUGUCUCUGAAGGAUCUUAUUUAUGAUGGCAGGCUGCUGAACUACAGCGACCGGCUCGUACCUGCCGUCAAUGCGGCUCUGAGAGACAGUGGACUCCUGCCUGAGGACAGCGCCUGCUCCUCUGUUUCAACAUGAUCUUCAGUACUGAUCAGAAAGACUUUUUCACAAAGACUUUGCCCCCAGGUUAUGGUGCAGUAGGCUCUAUAAUAAAAAUUGGUGUGUAUUUAUUUAUAUCUAGGGGGAAUCUGACUUGAAAUAUCGGGUUGGGCGACUAUACAUUAGGAUUUAAAAACUGUCCAAAUAAGUUAACCUGUCAGAAUCAAAUGUAAAAGGAUUUAUGAUAGAGUAACAAGCAAACAUACGUUUUCUAUGCAACUGUAAUUGUCACUUU